UAAAAGUAAUGAAGUAUUUCCUAGUUCAGACAGAUAUCUGUCAGCGGGGUGCAGUCUGUAUCAGAGACAUGAGCUCUUUCGAGUUUAACGCUCUUUUGCUGGAGAUUUCGAACCAGCUGUCCUCUGAACAGUUGGAGCAGCUGAAGUUUCUGUGUCGAGACCUGGUCGGGAAGAGAGACCUGGAGAAGACCGACACCGGACGGAGACUGUUCCAGAUCCUGACGGAGAGAGGCCGCCUGGCUCCCGACAACACGGACUACCUGUGCCGGCUUCUUACUCAAAUUCACCGGGACGACAUCGCACACAAAUUAAACUGUUUUGAAAGUCAGCCUGGAUGUCCCGAAGUCCCGGACAAGGCGGAGACAGACAAACUGGAUAUUGCCACCAAUGUGAUCUCAGAGAACCUGGGAAAGAAUUGGCGUAAACUGGGCCGCAAACUGGGUUUGAGCGAAGUUAAGCUGGAGUCCAUCUCCAAGAGACAUCCCACAGAACUAGAUGAGACGGUGAUCGAGCUGCUGAAAGAGUGGAGGAAGAGUCAAAGAGCAGAGGCCCGAACAGAGGAGCUGAUAAAAGCCCUGAGAGCCUGCCAGUUCAACCUGACUGCUGAUAAAGUGGAGAAAAGGCUUGCAGAAAAUCAGAUCAGAGAGUGAGAUUAACUUUGGGGAAUGGAAACAAAAGCUGUGAUUUAAAGAAAUCCAUUUUCAAGAAAGUUAUAUGGACAUCUAUAUGAAAUUAUGCAAAAUCAUCUUUUUUGAUGUGAAUAAAUCGACUUCCUGAUUGAAACGUACACCAGAGAAAGUGUGUUCAAAGGACAGAUAGGAUAUUUCAUUUUUCUAUCUGAAGAUGAAAACAAAGAAAUUAACUUGAUGACAUUCUCAUUUACCAAAUAAUGAUAAUGCAACUGAAAUUGAGACUUCCACAGGUGGUGGUGGACAUAUCAGAAGCUAUUUCUGCCUAUUACAGGAAAUCAUUUUUACACAUUAUAUUAAAAUGUAAAUUGUAUCUAUAUGUGGCAUCUUAAUUCCAACUCAUUUAUUGUAAUCAGUGCCAUUUUUGGACGAAAAAAUAGUUUUUCAGUUUUCUGACAUUGUAAAAAGCAGGUAGAGGUCAAACUAUGAACUGUUUUUUUGACAUUUUCGAGGGAAAAGAUGAUACAGGGACACUUGAUACUGACUCCAAUAUAAUGGCUGUACGUCUGUGUUCAAUGCCACCUCUUAAAAGUCCUGUGAUUUUCAUUAGCAUCCAGCCACUAGAUACAUGAAUGUAGCCUUAUUCACCCUCUGGCAGAGAGUUAAAUGAGAAGAUCAAAACAACUUUGGCAUCUGUUUGUUAAAUAUAAGGAUACGCUGACAGUGGAUUGUUGUUGCUACUAAUUGUAGGCAUUAUGUUUGCUCAGAAGCCAUCAAACUGUUUACACUAAUGAUUGUUUUUUUUAAUGAAAUGAUGAGAAAGUAAAACAAGAUCAAGUGUCUCAUGAAUGUCUCCAGAAUUGAUGUUCUUGCUAUUUCAUUAAACAGCCAAUCAGCUUUUAAUACUUUUAAA